AUGAGUGUUCGACCUGAAUUUAUAAUGUGGAUACCAAAUUUACUUUUACUUAAUGAACGUGUAGUUUAUUUGGGUGAAUAUCAUCAUGGUUUGAUGAGUCAAACUAUGAUUGGUGCAACAAAUGUUGGUUCUAUAGAUGUUUAUUUUGAUCAAACAUUAAAAACAAAUCAAAAAUUAGAUGAUUAUACAUUUCGUAUAUGGAAAGAAAAAUUUUCAACAAUAAAACCAAUUUAUUUUGAUAAAGGAGAUCCAUUUGGAGAAUUUAAAUUAGGUUCUUGUAUUGUACUUAUAUUUGAAGCACCAUCAACAUAUCAUUUUAUUCGUCAUUCCGGUGAUAAGAUUCGUGUUGGAGAACGAUUGUAA